GUGUUUUAGUGGUACGAAUGAAAGAAAGAAAGGAGAACCCAGGCUGCUUCAGAAUGGUCAUCUCUUAUUGAUAGUGAAAACAGAGUUAUAGAGAGACUGUUUGUAGGGAUUCAGUUCAGUCUGUUAGAAGCUCUGCUCCUGAUGUCACUGCGUCCCACGCAUGUCUGUUGGGGUUCAGUCAAAGACAAUAUUGUUGAAUCGGACUAUAAGCGUCCAUCAUUGUUUUUGCGUUGUGAGGCUUUGCUCGGUCAAAUAUUCUAUUCUCUGGAAUCAUCCUCGGUACUUUUGUUGAAGUUGUGUAUGUCUUUUUAGCAUUGGACAUGCUUUCUUCUUGAACUUUUAUAAUUGUAUGUGUGAGUCACCAUAGGAAGGGACCCUUCCAGCAUCCUCUCCACUUUGCCACUCAACACAAUGAAAGCAGUUAUCCUCUAGGACAAUAACAUUGCACCCUUGAGAAGAUAAAUGGAUAUAGAGUGGGGAAUGAUCUGAAGAGCAGCGUUAAAAUCUUCAAACUCCAUUGAGGAGACUGAAUCGGCUCUAAACCUAUUCUCCUUGCAUGAUUAGACUGGAGACAUUUAACAGGAGGGCGCAACGUAAAAAAAAACCUUGUGAACCCAGUUAGUGGGAUUCCUGCAGGGGUCCGGCCAUUCAGUCAUCAGCGACCCUUGUCAAAGAACCUGGAGUAGGGAAUACUCUUCUUCAAUCCCAUUAUUCACAGAUACAUUAGUAUUUAUCCACCUCGAUGUCUAUUUAUCUUCAGCUAUAUGGGGGACCUCUUAAAUGCAUUGCAUGUGGAAAGUCCCAUUUUGCAAAUGAUGAUGAGGGUGAUUCCUUGUCUGGUAAUACUAGCUCCAGGAUAUGUUCCUUAUAAACAUUCUCAGUGGGGUUAAAUCAAAGCCGUUGCUCCAAGCGAUCAUCAGAGAUGUGUCGCUCUGGUGUUGGAUGUUAGCAAAGCAGACAUGAAACUUGUCUUUCAUUGUUGCCAAUUUGGUUGGGCAGCCGGUGUAACAUUCCACGCGACAGAAUGUCAACAGUUGUGAUUUUAGAUAUGAUCCCUUCAAUGGUCUCGACAGUACAGGAUCCGAUAGCAUCGAUGAAGGCAUCAAUGGUGCAUCAACGAGUUGUGAGAUGCAUUCAGUAUCAUCUUCAAAAUUUUCCUCAUGGACCCCAUAAUGCAGUGUUCCCGUGUUAUGGUUAUAAGGAUAUUUGCAAGUUUUUAUGAAUAUUUGAGGAUCCGUGCAUAGCUUUAUUCAUAAUCACCAUUCGCGGUGUGUUUGUGCACAGAAUACAUACGUGUAUGAUUUGUAUCUGUUGUGGAAACAGUAUACAUGUAUCUAUCAUUUCUCAUCAUGUUUUAUGUACAGCGAUUUGACAUUUGCAAUUGGCAAAGUUGCCAUUUCUUGUCAGUUACGAUUGGAAGUGGAUUAAACACAAUCAGGAAUUACCAUAAACCUUUUCAUUGGAUUUCCGCUCCUUGAUGAACAUCGAUUAGCAUGAGAUUGUUCGAAUAAAAGACAUUGUGCGGUUAUCUUUAUCAGAGUAAAACAAUUUUCUUAUAUAUCUUGUAUGGGGAAUUCCGCGAUCAAAUCCCCACGCUGUUUUUGCCUGCCCCCGAUCCUCUUUGCCCGUUCCACCCGCUGCCACCCCCGUAGUGAUAACCUCACUUCGGCUCGUUCGGGCGUCCAGAUGCACCUCGUAGCGGAGGCCUAUACUUUCUAUUCUUGCCAUCAUUAUACAGUUUCAAGGAGCAAGAGAGAUCAUCACCAUCGAAGCGGGCAUGGAUACGAGAGUUCGUCAACGUUGAUGAGCAGCGACAUCGACUCAACGAGCUGCUUUGACUCAACGGACGAUGACAGCAGAUUCAGCAGUGCCACAGAAAGGAGUAGCUUAGCAAGACCAUUGAGAGGACAGAAGAAUAAGAAGAGGAGGAGAAGACCGAAGAUGCCACCUGUACACAGAGCAUCAUCGUUUAGUAGUAUAACAGAUUCGACAAUGUCACUCAACAUCAUUAAUGUCACAUUAAAUUUAGAUAAAAUUAAUUUUCUUGGCAUCAGUAUUGUUGGUCAGAGUAAUAAAGGAGGAGAUGGAGGCAUUUAUGUGGGCUCAAUUAUGAAAGGGGGUGCAGUUGCAGCAGACGGUAGGAUAGAACCUGGAGAUAUGAUCUUACAGGUGAACGAUGUGAGCUUUGAAAAUAUGAGUAAUGACGAUGCAGUCAGAGUAUUAAGAGAAGCAGUUCAUCAACCUGGUCCUAUUAAAUUAGUUGUAGCUAAAUGUUGGGACCCUUCACCAAAAGGCUACUUCACCAUUCCAAGAAGUGAGCCAGUCAGACCAAUAGACCCUGGAGCAUGGGUAGCACACACAAAUGCCAUGAAAGUUGCUGCAGAGUAUCAAGGUAGGGCGGGGCCUAUGAGUCCAUCAAUGACCUCUAUGACCUCUACAAGCUCUUCCAUUACCAGUUCUCUACCAGAGUCAGAAAGGUUAGAAGACUUUGGUCGACUGACCUUAAACACGGACAUGACGACCAUCGCCAGGGCAAUGGCAGCCCCGGACUCCGGCCUCGAUAUUAGGGAUAGAAUGUGGCUCAAAAUCACCAUCUCAAGCGCUUUCAUAGGUUCUGAUGUAGUAGAAUGGCUAUUCACGCAUGUAGAAGGCUUUCAAGACAGGAGAGAAGCGAGGAAGUAUGCCUGUAACCUCUUAAAAGCUGGCUUCAUCAGACAUACAGUCAACAAGAUCACUUUCUCAGAGCAGUGCUACUAUGUCUUUGGUGACCUUUGCGGAAACCUAGCCUCUCUUUCCUUAGGAGACGAAGCCUCCGAGGCGGACAGGGACACGCUAGCGCCCCUACCCCAGCAGGGCCACUGGAUGCCCCCGCCACCCCUCCCCACUGCACCCCCUAUGCCUUAUCAGAUGCCCCCAGGGGUCCCGGGCUACACAAGCUUCGACACGGCAAGUUACACAAGCUUUGGUGCCACAAGCAUAGGCAGUGGUAGCGGAGGAAGCAGUGAUUCUGGUCAUAGCCAAGAUAAGAUAGCCAAAGCAUUGGCAUCCAAAGGAGGAUCAGGAAGCAAAGGAAGCGGUAGUGAGUCUUCCGACCAAGCAUCUACCGUCGCCGGAGACAUCCCUCCUGCCCUUAUGGGUAGCAUGCAGGGCAUUGGACCCCCGUCCGUCACGAACACCGGUAUGAUGGCCCCUGGUGGUGCCCCCGGUGGUAGCAUCGGUGCCCUAUCCAACCACGGCAUCGGUCCCCCGUCGAUAGGAGGACAGCAUCACAGCAUCGGCUUCGGAUCUUCCUCUGGAAUCCAUCAAGGGAUCGGCCCGCAGCAAGUGCUGGUCGGACCCCCGCAUCACCAAACCCAAGGCAUCGGACCCGCCCAAGGCAUCGGUCCCCCAAGCCAAGGUGGGCCACCUGUCAUGGUACCAAUGAUGCCUAGACAACUCGGUAGUGUGCCUGAGGAUCUAUCCGGCAGCAGACAGUCUUUCCGCAUGGCUAUGGGAAACCCUUAUUUUGAUGAUUCGGUCAGCGUGACACUUCUGUGAAGUGCGGAAAUUUUGAAAUCAUUUUAAUUAGGACGCUAAAGUCUUGCGAAUUUAUAGAAGCAGCCCCCCUGCCGCGAGCAAGCUGGAACGAUGCACCACGAGCUCGUGUCACCCCGUCAGCCCCGCUGCUCUCCCGCACGAUCUCCUGUACGAAGCACAUUGGUCUGUAACUGUAAACCUCAGCUGUUAAUCGUUCAAAUGGAAAAAAAAUAUAGAUGAAGAAAUGCUUUCUGCUUGAUCAACGACAAGUUGUUUAAACUUGAUUGAGAUUCAUUUUAAGUUGGUUGACUGUUGGAGUUUUGUUUUAGAUGUUACAUUGCUGACAGAUUGUUUUUGUUUUUAAUUGGAAAGUGUUUUAAUAUCCGAGCAUGGCUUGGCCAUUUGCUUUGUUUCAAUGUUUUAAUUUGUGUUUCACAAGAAGUUUUUUUGUCUGGUGUUUUAUUCAACUCAUAAUUCUCACUUCCGUGUUGUGUUUUGGAUGGUUUGCAUUGUAACAGUAUUCACUCUUUUUUGCAAAAAUCAAUCAUUUUAUUUUUGUCUUUGUUUUCUCAUUUCUUCUAUCUUCCCUCUCAUUGAUUUCAUUCAUUCUUUUUUCUUCGUUUCUUUCUAUAUAUAUAUUUCUUUGUUUUAUAUUGCUUUGUUUCUUUUUCCUUUUAUUUCUUUCUUUACUCUUUUCGAUCUUUCUUUUCUAUCCUUUCUCUUUCUGUGUCAUAUGAAUUCACUCUCAACAUGUAUCUUUCUUCAUUUAUUUAUUUGUUUUUUGUUUAUUUUGGUCAUCCACAAUUUUCCCAUUUUGAUUAAUAUUUUCUGUGCCAAACAUUAGCUUUGCAUGAUACAUCAAUGAUGUAAUCAUUUUUUAAUCAUAAGGGAAUAGUCAUGCCCAUCAAGGUGAAAUAUAUUUCUGCAUCUUUUUAUUAGAAAAUUUAAGGGAAAAUGAAUGAGAAUGCGGAAGGAAUGUAAUGUUCUUUCUUCAUGACUUCUCUGUCCCCCUUUAUUAUUCUUAAGUCACUUUAUUUAAUCCCCCCGUUGGUUGCAUCUUACUUUUAUUUCAUAUCGCCAAUUACGAUGGCCAUUGGCUUCUAAAUAUCACCUUUAAAGACCACAAUGGACACCCAAAAAACUAUACAUCAUUGGAAACGUAUGAAGAAGCAUUGUUUGUAGCUUAUUACCUUUCCAAAUGUGUAUAAUUUAUUAAUUUUGUCUUUUUUGUGUCUGAUAUGGUUAUAGUUGUUGAGAGGGGGCAAGAAUAUCCCCCUGCUUCUUGUGUGAUCAUCCAAAAAAAUUAUCCCUCCCUUUUCACUUAAUUAAACUGCUCUAUUGCUGUAUUCAUUCAUUUAAAUGUUCUUUCAUUCAUAUUCAUGGAGUCUCCCGUUUUCAUGUAUUCAUUAGUGAUUUUUUUUUGGUAUUCAUUUAUGUAUUUGGUCAUGCAUUCAUCAAUGCAUUAGUUAAAUCCAUUCAUUUAUGCAUUCAAAUAAAAUGCAUUCAUCUUUGCAUUUAAACAUUGAAUGAAUUUCAAAAGGAAAUCAUGCCAGUAGGUUCAUGUUUAAAGUCCUGUAUUCAUUGGCGAAAGAUAUUCACUUCAAUUUCCGUAUGAUAGUAUUUAUAAGUAAUCAAAGCUUCAGUUAAUUUCAAGGAUGGAUAAAGGAAGGCUGGAUAAUCCAUGAUUUAACAGUACUACAAUAAAUCCAAAGAUUACAUUCAUUAAUGAAGCCAUUUUUAUUUCUUAAACUUUAUCAUCAAGGUAAUCAAGUAUUUUGUCAAUUCUUAUUUCUGUCCAUCCCUUUCGCUCAUCCUUAAUUUAAUGGGUCUUCUGACUUGUUUGUUCAAAUCCAAAAUAUAGAACUAUUAGUGAUUGGUUGCUAUGGUAACCAAGUGAAUUCAUACAGCAUCUGUUUUGCUUGGAUAACUGUACGACUCAAUUUUCUUGUUGCAAAGUAUUAGUUGGGUAUUUCAGUUGUUAAUGAAUGAGAAUGUUGAUACAUUGCUUGGUGUAAGCUUGAGUCUGAGUGAAUAAAACAUCCAUUAAUGAUAACAUCAAUGAUAGAAGGGCUGAACAGCCAAUCAAGUAGUUACAAUCGAUGGUAAUUACUAUCAACUCUACAUGUAUGUUUUGUGCAAUGGCACUUUGCAUGUGAUUUCUCAAAAAAAUUGAUUUGUUUUCGCUGACAGCCUACUGAAAUAUUAAUAACAAAAAUGAUAAUAGGUCCAUUUUGUAGUGCAGCUACUAUUCAUAUUGUUACUCUGGCUGUAGCUGAGCUACCAUGGGUGCUAAGGCCCCCAUUCCACAGAAGGGAGACCUUUGAAAGACCAAAAAUUGGCAAGGUCUUACAGCAGUCUCCAAGAUCAUUGUAAUUGGUCAUCUUUGCGGAAUGGCUCGGAAAGACCCCUCUAAGAACUCUGACAGACUGAUUGGUACUUCUUGUCUGACUUGGUUUAAACUAGUCCUAUAGAGAUCUUUCAGUCAUCUUUCAGAGAUCAUUUAUGCAACAAGUGAUCUUUCAGAAUUCUCUCCAUGGAAGACUUUUCCUGGUCUUUCAAUGAUGUUUAAAUAAUCUCUCCUGGAGUCUUUCGGCGAUCUCUGAAAAAAUCUUGAGAGACUGUCUAAAGAUCAUGGAAAAACUAAUAAGAACUUUGAAAGUUCAGACUGAGAGACCACUGAAAGACCAUCAAAAGACCAUCAAAAGACCUUCCUGAAAGACUGUUUUGAACCGUUUCAAAAAGUUUUGGAGAUCAUAGAGACCACAAAGAAAACUGAAAGAUCAAUCAGGAAUCGUGAAGGACCUCAGAGAUCUUUGAAAGUUCAUUGGAAGACAUUUGAAAGAUCAAGCAAGUUUCAUGGUCUUUCAGUGGUCUUUCAGAGAUCUUGCUCUCUGUGGAAUGGGGUUUUUAAAACAUUCAAGGGAUAAAUCCUACCAGAUACCCAUUCACCUCACCUGUGUUAGGUGCAGCACAAUGUGGAAGAGUUUAUUGCUUAAGGAAAUAAACGCCUGGAGGGAAUGUGUUUCCUGGCAAUGGCUGCUUUUACAUUUCUUUGUUCAGCAAGUCUUGGAAUAAACAAGAUUUCUUUCAGGCCUCUAAAAUUUAUGCAUUUUAAAAGCAGAAUAUUAUUUCUUAUGAUUUCUUUGACAUUUCAAUGUUUCCAUCAGGUUGGAAAAGAACAGUAGGCCUAUAUUUACAAAUAUUUUUACUUGGGGGUGGGGGGAGCUUUGAGUAUUUUUUCUUAAAUAUUGGCAAAUACCAGGUAUUUUCUUUUAUCUGGGAGGUAUGAAAAUGCCUAGUGCUGUAAAGUGAUUAGCAAUGUUUGUUACAGAAACAUGAUUGAAGUUUGCAGUAAAUAUUAAAGAAAUUCAAUAUGCAAUUUCUUUAGGGGUAAAGUAUCUGGUGCUGUAUUUGCUCUUGAAAGUUGAGGUACACAGUCUCCUGCGUUACAAUUCUCAGCUUAGUCGCCCGUUAUCUCUUAGUAAUUGCUGAUUAGCCAACAGGAACACCGAACCCCUUAGUUGACGGAUUUUAGGAUAUUGAUAAGAAAAUGCAUUUAGAAAAUUUGUACCGACGAGUAAAAGUCGUAUUGUGAGUAUAAAAGAAAUUACAAUCAUGACCUCCAAAUGAUUAAAUUAGGAUGAUUAAAAAAAAAAAACACCGAAUAGUAGAUAAAUCGUUGUUUCAAGUCAAUAAUAAAUGGUUGUCAAAUUAAAAACUGGAAAUUUUUUAAUUGAGUGGCUUUUCACCAAUUAUGCAUCCAAGUCUUUUGGUAACUGAAAUUAUUUUGGAAUGAAUGACUGCGGGUUCCGAGUUGAAUUUGUUGUUCUCAUACUUACAGUUUAUCAUGAUAUUAUCGAAAGUAAUAUAUUUUUUAUGCCUUUCUCCAACUACAGGUUGGUGCUGGGGGCAUUUUAAAAAAUAAAUACACUUGUUAGUUUAGUGGUUGCCAUGUUUGUGUGUUAUUGUUUGCAUCAAGUGUCAAAAUGCCACUAUUUUGGACAAGUCUCAAUCUACGAGAUGGCUGAUAGAUACAUGUUGGUUUUUAAACUAAUGAAGAAAAGGAUCAUGCAAAUAUUAGAGUAAUUUAAAAACAAAUUACAUCCAAGAUUUUUAAAUUUUAAUAGUUGAUUAUAGGAUUCUGUGAUUUUUAGUGUGAAUUUAUUGGACCAAGAACAAUGCAGAAUUCACAGAUGAAAAAUAUAUAUACAGGUAUCAUACAAAAAUGGUCUUGGCUUUUCAACCUAUAUUUGUAUUCAAACCAUUGAGCACUGCAUUCUGUGGCUCCCAUAGAACUUGUACAGGGACCAACCUGUUCCAGUAGGCAAUGGGUUAAUAGAAAAUAUAUGUGUAUUUUGAAAAUUAAAUUAUUGUGUAUCUUGCAUAAAUUAUUCAAACAUUUGUCUUGUAUUGAAGCAGAGGCAACAUCAUACCCCACAGAAGAUAAUGCUCAUUUAUAGACGCAUAUUUGUUGCAUGUAUUCUGUGGUUUGGAGCUUUAAAAGAAAUCACGUAGAGUAGAAUCUUAAAAGCAACAAACAUAAAAAAAAAAGAAACUCAUGUAAAUUAAUAUUAUUUAAAGAAAAUAUGUGUUGUACAUUAUUAGCAUUGUUUCAUUUUAUUAGAAGCAUGGAAUAGAUGAAUCAGAAGAUGAAAAAAAGAAAUGCUUCAAAUUUUUGUAAAGUGUAUAUUAAGCAACUUUUUGUGUAUGUAGAGAGAGUACUAGUCGGUAUUAUUGUACUAUGCCAUUGUUACUGUAUUUAAAACGUGCUGCCUAUACGGUCAGGUACUCACCAUGCAUUUUUUUAAUGUACAGAUGAACGAGUCUGGAGAUUAAAUGAUUUUUUUGUUUUGUUUAAAUGCCAAAUUGUCACCUUUCUCUCGUGGUAAUUUCACUAGCGAUUUUAUCAUUGAUUUAUCCUGACUCUAAUAAAAACUAGAUAUCAACAACAAAA